AUGGGGAUCAAACAACUGUCUAAGCUCCUAAAGGAGAAUAGCGUGAAAGGGAUUAAGGAAAGACCGCUGGCAUAUUACUCGUCGAAAAGAGUGGCGAUUGAUGCCUCUAUGUCGAUAUAUCAGUUUCUGAUAGCCGUUAGGUCUGAUGGGUCGACUCUUGGGAAUGGAGAUACCACGACAUCCCAUUUGGUGGGUCUUUUUUACCGAACGAUCCGGAUGGUUGAACUAGGAAUAACGCCUGUAUAUGUGUUUGAUGGGGUACCGCCUGAGGUCAAGAUGAAGGAGUUGGGAAAGAGGAAUGAGAGAAGAGCAACGGCCGAUAAAGAAUAUAAGGAUGCAUCUGAAGCUGGAGAUAAGAGACUUAUGGAGAUGUAUGACAAAAGAAAGACAAAAGUAACCGGAAUCCAUGUCGAGGAGUGCAAAAGACUUCUUGGAUUGAUGGGAAUACCGUUUGAGACGGCGCCCAGCGAAGCAGAGGCAUAUUGUGCCCUUCUAUGCAAGAAGAGAGCUGUCUAUGGAGUUGCAACCGAAGACAUGGAUUCCUUGACAUUCGGGUCCCCUGUUGUACUGAGGAAUUUUAGUGGAACCCGAAGUAAGAAGCUUCCUGUUGUUGAAUACAAUCUACGACAGCUACUUGAGGACCUCUCUUUGGAUCAAGAUGAGUUUAUUGAUCUAUGCAUUCUCCUGGGGUGCGAUUAUUGUGAUACCCUGAAAGGAAUAGGGCCUAAGAAGGCAUUAGGGCUUAUAAAAAAGCACAGGAGCAUUGAGAGAAUUCUUCAAGAAGAGAAUCUAGAAACACCUGAUGAGUGGCGAUACGAAGAUGCUCAGAAAAUAUUCAGAAACCUUGCAGAGAUUGGAGAUGCAAAGGAAUUCAAUAUUUCUUGGAAAUCGAUUGAUAGAAAUGGAAUUGUGAAGUUUCUUGUCGAAGAGAAAGGAUUUGAUCUAGAAAGAGUCAACAAGGGAGUUGACAAACUUAUAAAUUCUGGAAGAAAAAGCACACAAGGGAGGCUAGAUGGGUUCAUAGCAAAAAGUAAAUAA